GUUUGACAAUUUAGAGAAAAACAAGGACCGCUAAGCAAUUUCAAUAUUCACCAUCGUCAGUCGUCGCCAUGGCCUCAUGGGAAGUCUUUGACCUAGUUUCUCACCACCUUGACCCCAAAACCCUAGCCAUAUCCUCUUGUGUCUGCAAGUCAUGGUUCGUUUCCAUGUCCUCCGACCACCUUUGGUGGCCCAUUUGCACUUCCCAUUUCCCUACUCUUUCUACCCUUAAACUCACUAACCCUACCGUCUCCUACAGCCGCCUCUAUGUCAUCGGUCGAUCUGCCGCCAAACGCCGCCAGAAAACCCCCUCAAAACCUCGCCUCUCCCUUGAUAGCCUCAUCUUCACGAUCAACAUCUUCAACCCCAACUUAUCAAGCAAUGUCCUGUCUCUGGAAAAAUCUGGAAGCGAACUCGUUAUGGAUCCCAGCGGGAUUUUUAAGUUCCAUAUUGAUGUUAGUGACUACAAUGGAUUUGAAGCGUGGGAGGAUCGGGGAGCAGUGAGAGUGACAUGGAAUGUCGUGUUGGAAGGGUGGAGGGGUGUUUUUGAGAUGAUGGACUGUGAAGGGAAAGGGAUGGAGGGGUGGUUUUCUGAGGAGCUUCCUUCGCCGGCGGGGUGCUGCUCGAGCGUGGUUACUAGCGGAAUUGUGGCGGAUUUGAAGUUGGGGUUUUGUGAUGGGAGGAGGGUGAAGAAAGUGAGUGUUGGGAUGUUGAGUGUUGGAGAUUGGAGAUAUGUGAGUAUUGAUGAUGCUCUAAGAUACUUGCAACACUUUCUUCUACCUUGUGUUGUAUGAAUCAAUCUUAAUCAACUAGCAAAUUGAUCUGCUCAUGUAUGUUUAUAUGCUCUGUUUUGUGUUGUUUUAUUUUUAUUUUAUUUUUAUGAAUUUUAGUUACAUGAUUAGU